AAUCCCUCUUAUCCGCGCGAACUAAAUACAGUGCAACUUAAUCGAUGCACAAAAAACAUACGGAGCCAUUUGCAGAAGUGGAAAGUCGCUGCAUAUGAUGUGAAUGUCGAGUGAAAACUGAUCCUGCGAUGUGGUUUGUUCGACGUCGAUGCAUACACUGAUAAGACAAUAUGUCCAGCGCAUAGAUACAAGUUAGGGUUGAGUUGGUCAUCAUCAAGGAAAUGUUGUCAUCCACUCCAUAAAGGGAAAGGCAAACCAUUCCGUGGUGUGAAUAAAGCAACUAGCCGUGAGAUCAUAGAUGUUUGAUCGAUGGGGUACCGUGAUCACUGUUGGAACAGGUAUCUGUAGAGGUUGUCUAUCUAAGCACAAACAAGCAGUUACGCACCAGACAGCGGAACAAUUACCAUCUAGCGAUGUGCUCUCUAAGGAACAAGAAGAGCAGCAGUGUACAAUCAGUGAUUUCACAUCGCUGGCUGGUGUACCAUCUCUCCAACCCACCGACACAGAGUGCACUUCAGUUCAUGAGCAUACAUCUGAGUUCUCAUCAACUGAUGGAGAUAUUACACAGGGUGUAGGUGCACUUGACUCUUCUUGGGCUCCAACCCCCCGACCAAAGAAUGUGGAGCUGCAAUCCCUGCACACUUUCCUUACUCAGGGUGGAAUGUCUGCUGUUGAUGGGCAGCUUCGUUUGAAGAAGCAUCUGACAUGUCUGAUAGCACCAUCCGUUAUUAUAGAAGGAAGGCAAAGGAAGCCUUUGGUUUAG